AUAGUCGAUAUUAGGAUUAUCUAAAGUUGGUCCUAGGCGGAAAAUGCUGUAGGAGUUGGCAUCACUACGAGUUUAUAUACAUAUGUUACAUAUAAUUAAGUGCUUAAAACUCCGAUGUUAAAAAUAUUAAGAAUUCCAAGUAACUGUUUAUAAUAAAGCCGCUUAAUUACUCUUAUAAAUAUGGUGAAAAUAAUAUUCCUUCAUCCGGAUCUUGGAAUAGGUGGGGCUGAACGUCUUGUAUUAGAUGCAGCUUUAGCUUUCAAAAGUAAAGGCCACGAAGUCGCAUUUUUUACCAACCACCACGAUCCUUCUCAUUGCUUCGCCGAGACAAGGAAUGGGACAUUUCCCGUUACUGUCGUCGGAGAUUGGAUUCCACGUUCUAUCCUAGGAAGAUUCAAGGCGGCUUUCGCUUAUCUGCGUAUGGUCUAUGCUGCAAUUUAUCUUGCUUGGUACGUUAUCCCUGUCGAAGAACCCACCCUUAUAUUCUGUGAUCUCAUAUCAUUAUGUAUUCCAUUUUUAAAAUUUGCGAGGGGCCCUUUCAGAGUUGUCUUUUAUUGUCAUCACCCUGAUAAGCUCUUAAGCACAGAGCGUGGUUUUCUUAAAGAUCUAUAUAGAGCUCCCUUGAAUUGGCUUGAGGAACUAACAACAGCACAAGCAGAUAAGGUUUUAGUUAACAGUAAAUAUACUGCAAGAGUAUACAAAGAUGCAUUCCAAAAAAUAAAAGAUGUCCCUGACAUUUGUUAUCCAUCUAUCAAUACGGAAUUUUUUAAGAAUACUACUCCUAAGAGUCUCAAAGAAGUAGUUCCUGUUGGAACAGAUAAAUUUUUAUUUCUAUCCAUAAACAGAUAUGAAAGGAAAAAGAAUCUUCAAUUAGCUUUGCGAGCCUUUGAACAACUAAGACAUAUGUUAUGUGAAGAGGAUUGGUAUAGAGUGCAUUUAAUAAUGGCUGGUGGUUUUGAUCCAAUAAACUUGGAGAAUAUGGAACAUUUUAUUGAACUGACUGAUUUGGCAUGUGAACUGGAUAUUGAUGAUAAGGUAACAUUACUGAAAUCACCCAAGGACAUUAAUAAGGUAUCUCUGCUAUACUAUUGUAAUACAUUAAUAUACACACCAUCCAAUGAGCACUUUGGUAUCGUGCCCCUAGAAGCAAUGUAUUACAGUAAACCAGUUAUUGCUGUAAAUAGUGGGGGACCUACAGAGACAGUUGUAAAUGAUGUAACUGGAUUUCUAUGUCCUCCUACCAGCGUUGACUUUGCUGAAGCAAUGGCAAAAUUAGUUCUUAACCCUGAACUGGGAGUAAGAUUAGGUGAAGCAGGCAGGAAGAGGUUUGAAAGUAAAUUCUCAUUUGAUGCAUUUACUGAACAACUAGAGGGUAUUUUGACUAGAGAAAGACAGCUUAUUUCUGAGGCUAGGGCUAUUGAAUAUGACCAUAAGCGUAAAUAGCAUGAAAGUGACACUCAAACAAUAUUUGACAUUGUUUGAGUGUUAAUAUUGAUUGGUUCACUAUUUCUUUAGUGCUUCAUGAAAAAUGCUGUUAAUCAGAUGUAAAAGAUUUAAUAGAAUUUAAAAUACAUACUUUUUCAUCUUUCAUAUUACCAAAUUAAAUAAUUUAUGAUUUAUCAACUUACUGAUAGAAAAUAGAAUUUUAAUUAUUAAAUAAUUUUAGAAUUUAUUAUUUGAGGUGUGAUAAUGAUAGACUUGACUGAUGAUAAUGUUUGGAUGUAAUUGGUGAUUUUAUAUAGAGGUAUUAAAAUAUUUUGUGAUAUGGUAAAAAUUAUAAUGGUUUAAAUUUCAUUAAUAUGUAAUAUUGAAAUAGAUAGUUAUUUUCAAAUUUAGUAGUGUAUUAAUUCUUAUGUAUGUGUCAGUGUAAAAUUGUAAAUAUCAUCACAUUAUAUUCUAUCUUAUGAUAUUCUUUGUACCACAGUCUAUUCUCAAGUUUCCCAUGCGGCCUUAGUUGUAAGGUUUUUUAUUUAUUUACAUUAUAGAUGCCUAAAAUAACUAUAGUAUACAUAUACUACAUUAAAGUUUGUAUGUACUAACUUAAAAUACUAACAAAUUUCAUUAAUAUUUUAAAAAAAAUCACAUUGUAUGUUUGUCUCUCAGUCUUCUCAUACCUAUCACAAAGCUAUAUGUAGUUCAGAUGUAAAACUCCGGGAAAAGUUAAAUAGGGAAAUCAUAUGAGAUUUUUGUAACGACUUGUGAAGGACAGUAGGUGAGAUCCACUCAGACAGCAUGGCAGACAGCCUCUGAGAUCUGAAAUACUCUUCAGGUGGAAGCAGGCCCGGCCCAUGCAGUCAGGUUCAAUCAAUAAAGUUUCACUUUCCAUCAUAUAAUAUUUAAUCUUUUAUUAAAAUAUUUUUUUUAUUAUAAUAUAUCAAGAUGCACUUGAUGGUAUUUACAAUUUUACCCUGAUAUUCCAAUUUAAAUAUGAAAUAUUAAUUAUUAGCCAAA